AUGGGAUGUGGAUCAUCUAAUGGUAUUUAAGAACCUUCAAACAAAGGUAUGAGCAAUAAUCAUCUUUAAUUAAGUUACUAAGAUAGAGGACACUAAAUUUGCAUAUCAAGGAUUCGUUACUGAGAAAAAAGGGAAAAUCACUGCUGACUAUAAUUUAAUUUAACCAUGCCUUGGAAAAGGUAUAUAUAACAAAUUAUUACAUCCAAGGUGCAUUUGGUGAAGUUUACAGAGGAGUACAUAAAGUUACAAAUUAAGUUAGAGCAAUUAAGUUGAUAAGAAAGAAACUGAUGACUGAAGAAGAUUGUUUAAUGUUAACAAGAGAAGUUGAUAUUUUAAAAUAAUUGGUAUGAAAAUAAUUGAUAUGAUUAGGAUCAUUUGAAUAUAAUUUCAAUUUAUGAGUUCUACUAAGACUAUGAAUAUUUUUAUAUUGUGACAGAAUUAUGUCAAGGAGGUGAAUUAUUUGAUCGAAUAGUUUAAGAAAAGAAUUUUUCAGAAAAAAAAGCUGCAGAAGUUAUGAAAUAGGUGUUAAGUGCAAUAACAUAUUGUCAUGAAAAAAAUAUUGUACAUAGAGAUUUGAAGCCUGAAAAUAUACUAUAUGAAACCAAUAACACUGAUUCUCUUAUAAAAAUAGCUGACUUUGGAACUAGUUAAAAGUUCAAUCCAGAUAAAAAAAUGGAUCAAAGAGUUGGCACCCCAUAUUAUAUAGCUCCAGAGGUACUUGAUAGAAAGUACAAUGAAAAAUGUGAUAUUUGGUCAUGUGGUGUAAUUCUCUAUAUUAUGUUAUGUGGAGGUAAUAUAAAUAUAUUUUAUGAAAGCUCCUCCAUUUAAUGGUGAUGAUGAUUAUUAAAUUAUGGAGUCAGUGAGAAAAGGAGUUUUCAAAUUUAAGGAGUAGGAAUGGAAAAAAAUAUCAAAUGAGGCAAAGGAUCUUGUUAUGAAAAUGAUAGAGAAAGAUACUAAAAAGAGAAUUUCAGCAAAGGAUGCCAUGAAUCAUCUCUGGAUUUAAACAUAUUGUUAAAAGAAAGAAGAAGAUCUACCAUCUCUUACUGAAGCUUUAUAAAGAAUCAAAGCAUUCAGAGUAAAUAUAUAAAUUUAUUAAAUAUAUAGGUAGAAAAAAAACUGUAAGAAGCAGCACUUAUGUUUAUGGUUAAUUUUAUAGCUACUAAAGAUGAGAAAUAAGACUUAUUAAAGUAAUUCUAGGCUUUAGAUACAAAUAAUGAUGGGAAAUUAAGUAGAGAAGAAUUAAUAAAUGGAUACAAAAAGGUUAUGAGUGAUAUAGAUGCAGAAUCAUAAGUAGAUGAAAUUAUGAAAAAAAUAGAUGCAGAUGGAAGUGGUUCUAUUGAUUAUUCAGGUAUAUAAAUUAAUUUAACUUAUAGAGUUUGUUUAUGCAACAAUAAAUAGAGAAAAACUAUUGGCUACAGAAAGAUUGCUUUAAGCCUUUAAAAUUAUAGAUAAGGAUAAGAGUGGGGCUAUAACAAAAGAUGAAAUUAAGUUAGCUUUUGGUUAAAAUUCUGGAAUCAGUGAGGAGGUUUGGAAAUAAAUGAUAGAAGAAGUAGAUCAGAAUUCUGAUGGAAAAGUAUUAUUUUUUAUUAUAUUAUUUUAGUUAACAUUUGAAGAGUUCAAAUCCAUGAUGAUGAGGAUUACCUAAAAUUAAAGUUGA